AUGUCAAUCAGCUCGCACAAGCCCGUCUUGAUGGAUCAUGCGACGAUCACCAGAUUAGCCGAGAGCGCAUUCCCCGAGCCCGUGUACGGCAAUGUUACUUGGCAGACGCUGCUGUCAAGACCCGACACGUUAACUGACUCCAUGUGUGCGGGGCUGGCGACCUGCCCGCCCGAGGGCUUUCUUGCUCUUCACCAACACACCCAGGCCGAGAUCUAUUACAUCCUUUCCGGCACAGGAACCGUCGAGAUCGAUGGCAAGCGGCACGCGGUAUCGGGCGGGAGCAUCCUGUGGAUACCCGGGGAUGCCGUACACGGAGUCUUCUGCGGGCCCGGUGAGACCCUGCACUGGCUUUACGUAUUUCCCGAAGCUCGUUUUGAGGACAUCAUCUAUCGAUUCCAAGAACCCAAAACCAACAUCUUUCUCGCCACCUGCCACGCGAUACUGGAAAUAAACGCGAAUGUCGACAUCCACCUCGCAUCCUUCAUAUCGAUCAAGUCUGCGGUGACGGCCACCUCCACCGCAGCCCUCGAGGCGAACCCGAACGCAACGCCGAUCAAGUUCCAUGAAAUCAACGGGACGAGCCACUUUACAGCCCUUUUUGCACCCAGCCUAGGAGGGUCCCGUUUGCUAUCCGUAGCUCCAACCUUCUGGAACAUGCCCACCAUCUUGAGAAUCAUUAGCCGCGCAGCCAUGCCGUUCACGGGACCGCAGAUGGUCGAAAACUACAACGAGAUCCGACGCAUCAUCGCGGAGGUGCAGCCAGACUUGACGGUUGUGGACAACUUGUUCACGCCUGGUAUGACAGCGGCACGUCAGAUGGGAAUCAAGUGGAUGAUCCUGUCACCCAAUACCCUCAAGGAUCUCGCGCUGCCCUUGCAACCCAGAGCAGCUUUCUUCUGGAAAUAUCCUUGCGUUGGAACCGCACUUUCAUUCCCCAUUCCAUGGCACCUCAUCCCCCUCAACGUGCUCUACGUUUUCAUCCUCAUCUUCUUUAUGAUAUUCGACAAUCAUGCCCGCGCGGCCCGCAAGUAUGUCACUGAGAAGACGGGAGCUCGCAUUUUCGACCAGGCCGAGUUCUCCAGCCCACAGCCAUACUUGACAAUACUCAUGGCGAGCCACCCCGAGUUCGAUUUCCUCAUGGAUUACAAGCCUGAAAACAUCAUACCCUGCGGUCCGAUCAUGAGGCCGGUUUCUCCUGUUCGAAGCGUUGACUCCGAGCUUGAGAACUGGCUUGCGCGCGGCCCAACUGUUUUCGUUAACCUUGGGACUUUGUCGUGGACUACGGAGGAUCAGGCCGUCGAGAUGGCGAAAGCCAUCCGUUCAGUUAUGAUAGAAUGGCAUGAUCAUGACAACCACCAAGAUGGUAGGCUACAGGUUCUGUGGAAGCUCAAGCAGACACCAGACGGGCAUACCGAGUACGAGACCGGCAAUGUUGUGUGCUCAGUCAACCACGGCGGAGCGAACUCAUUUUGGGAGGCCGUAUGCGCCGGAGUUCCUCAGGUGGUUCUCCCUGUCUGGGCAGACACGUACGACUAUGCUCAGCGAGCUGAGUACUUGGGCAUCGGGAAAUGGGGCAGCAAGACAUCCGCCCCGAGAUACGGGGCUCAAGAGCUGGGUUCGGCUUUGCAUCAAGUGUUGAUGGGGCCUUCUGCUAGCAGAAUGCAGGUAAGAGCACGUCUGCUCGCGAAGCUGCGGGCGCAGAAAGGCGAAGGUCGCGACGUUGCAGCAAAGCAUAUUGUUGAAUCCGUGGGUCGUUGA